UCCGUAAAGGGGGAGGGGGUUCCAUGAAUGGACGCGGCGGCGGCGGGAGCGGCCUGAGCUGGGCGCCCUGGCCACAACCCGGGGCUUCCCCGGGCCCGCGCCGCAGCUGAAAGACUGCCGGCUGGCCUUGAGGGGAAGGAAGAGCGGACCGGCAAGCCAGCCAAGGCGGGAGGGGCGGGGCCGAGUGGCCGCAGGCCGGAGGCGCGUAGGGCUGGAGCCGGUCACGAUGCCCCGGAGGAAGCAGAGCCACCCGCAGCCCGUGAAAUGCGAGGGGGUCAAAGCGGAUAUCGAGGACUCCCUGGACGAAGGGCCCGGCGCGCUGGUGCUGGAGAGUGACUUGCUACUAGGCCAGGAUCUGGAGUUUGAGGAGGAAGAGGAAGAGGAGGAGGAGGAAGAGGAGGAGGGGGACGGCAACAGCGAGCAGCUCAUGGGCUUCGAGAGGGACUCUGAAGGGGACUCGCUGGGGGCCAGGCCUGGCCUUCCCUACGGGCUGAGCGACGAGGAGUCUGGGGGCGGCCGGGCACUAAGUGCCGAAAGUGAAGUUGAGGAGCCGGCCAGGGGUGCAGGGGAGGCCAGGGGUGAGAGGCCAGGCCCGGCCUGCCACCUGUGUGGGGGGCCGACAGGUGAGGGCCCAUGCUGUGGGGCAGAAGGGCCGGGUGGGGGGCCCCCGCUGCCCCCACGGCUGCUGUACUCGUGCCGCCUCUGCGCCUUCGUGUCCCACUACUCGAGUCACCUGAAGAGGCACAUGCAGACCCACAGUGGGGAGAAGCCAUUCCGCUGCGGUCGCUGCCCCUACGCCUCAGCCCAGCUCGUCAACCUGACGCGUCACACCCGCACCCACACUGGGGAGAAGCCCUACCGCUGUCCCCACUGCCCCUUUGCCUGCAGCAGCCUGGGCAACCUGAGGCGGCACCAGCGCACCCACUCAGGGCCCCCCACUCCUCCCUGCCCGACCUGUGGCUUCAGUUGCUGCGCUCCCCGGCCCACUCGGCCUCCCAGUCCUGCAGAGCAGGAGGGGGCCACGCCUCGAAGACCUGAAGAUGCCCUGUUGCUGCCAGACCUGAGCCUCCACGUGCCAUCAAGUGGUGCCAGCUUCCUGCCGGACUGUGGGCAGCUGCGGGGUGAAGGGGAGGGCCUGUGCGAGGCGGGAGCGGAACCCCUGCCAGAGCUGCUCUUCCCCUGGACCUGCCGGAACUGUGGCCAAGAGCUGGAGGAGGGGGAGGGGGAAGGGGGCCGCCUGGGAACAGCUACUUGUGGGCGGUGCAUGCGAGGAGAGACCGGGGGUGGCUCCAGCGGGGGGCCCCAGGGCCCCAGUGACAAGGGCUUCACCUGUAGCCUCUGCCCCUUUGCCACUCACUACCCCAACCACCUGGCCCGGCACAUGAAGACGCACAGCGGCGAGAAGCCCUUCCGCUGCGCCCGCUGCCCCUACGCCUCCGCCCACCUGGACAACCUGAAGCGCCACCAGCGUGUGCACACGGGGGAGAAGCCCUACAAGUGCCCCCUCUGCCCCUACGCCUGUGGCAACCUGGCCAACCUCAAGCGGCACGGCCGCAUCCACUCGGGGGACAAGCCGUUCCGCUGCAGCCUCUGCAACUACAGCUGCAACCAGAGCAUGAACCUCAAACGCCACAUGCUGCGGCACACGGGCGAGAAGCCCUUCCGCUGUGCCACCUGUGCCUACACCACAGGCCACUGGGACAACUACAAGCGCCACCAGAAGGUGCAUGGCCAUGGCGGGGCGGGCGGGCCCGGCCUCUCGGCCUCAGAGGGCUGGGCCCCGCCUCGCAGCCCACCCUCUGUGCUGAGCUCUCGGGGUUCAACAGCACUGGGUGCUGCUGCUAGCCGGGCUCUCCACACAGACUCACCCUGAACUAGGGCCCACUCCCCAGGCCCUUCUGUACCUUUUAUACAAAUGGACCAGAAGCCACCUUCUCCCCCGCUGGCCAGGGGCUCCACUGGGACUAAACUGGGCGCCAUGAGAACCGGCCCGAGCUGUGGACGGGCUGUGUGGACCUGGGGGCCUAGCCUUGACGCACUCGUGAGCUCAGCUGCAGUGCUCAGCAAGGGCCCUGUAUUCACCUCAACUGCUCCCCCAGGCUGUGGAGGAACUGGCUGGGGGACUGUCCAGCCUCCCACCUGUUUAUUUAACUUAUUUCAGUGCUUUAUAAUAAAGGAAACACUAACAAA